ACUUCGGCGCGCGUGCGUGAGGGAGGAGAAGCGAGAGACCGGCCCGUCUUUUCCUCGUUCUCAGACUGACAGAUGAACAAAGAAGUCACUAAGCAGGUUAUCAAGACUCGAGAACAUCCUGUGAAAGGUACAUGGUCUGAACACCCCGAUGUGAGGGUAGUUUUUGUGAUGGAUGCAGAUGAACACCCUCCCUUGCAUUGUGAAGACUCUCGUAUGAAAUACGACCACAGCAAGAAACUGUCAGGAACAAGUGCAGAUAUUGAACAGCUUUAUCGAGCAGUGCCACAGCUUGCAAAUUUGUUCAGAAUUAAGGGGAAAAUUGGUGAAGGUACGUUUAGUUCUGUUUACCUGGCCAUAGCCCAGCUACCAGGAGGCCAUGAAGAAAAAGUGGCUUUGAAGCAUUUGAUUCCUACCAAUCAUCCUGUACGAAUUGCUGCUGAAAUUCAGUGUCUUAUAAUAGCAGGGGGGCAAGAUAAUGUCAUGGGAGUUAGGUACUGUUUUAGAAAAAACGAUCAUGUGGUUAUUGUUAUGCCAUACUUGGAAAACGAAUCCUUUUUGGACAUCUUGAACUCUCUCUCCUUUGAAGAAGUAAGAGAUUAUAUGUUUAAUCUCUUCAAAGCUUUGAAGCGUAUUCAUUACUUUGGCAUUGUUCACCGUGAUGUCAAACCCAGUAACUUCUUGUACAACAGGCAAAUGAAACGGUAUGCCCUGGUCGACUUUGGUUUGGCGCAAGGAACUCCUGACACAAAAAUAGAACUUCUCAAAGUUAUCCAGUCGGAAGCCCAGCAGGAGGGGCCUGAGAGCCUUCAUGUUCAACGCUCUGUCUUUGGGGAGAGGAAUUUCAAUGUCCGCAGUUCUGCGUCUCAAGGCAAUUCCAAACUCAUAAAGCAGCCUAGGGUGACAGAUAUUGCAGCUAGAAAAUUACUGGCGAAGAAGACAACUUCAGCUGUGACUAAUGGCUUAGUGAAGAAAACUGCCAGCAGUUAUCCAACUAACAUGACCUGUGACUGUUAUGGAAAAGAUAGAGUCUGCAGUGUUUGUCUUUCAAGGUGUCAGCAGGUUGCUCAAAGGGCUGGUACACCAGGAUUCAGAGCACCAGAAGUGUUAACCAAGUUUCCAAAUCAAACGACAGCAAUUGACAUGUGGUCUGCAGGAAUCAUAUUCCUUUCUCUGCUGAGUGGCCGGUAUCCAUUUUACAAAGCAAGUGAUGAUUUAACAGCUUUGGCACAGAUUAUGACUAUUCGUGGAUCCAGGGAAACAAUUCAAGCUGCUAAAACAUUUGGUAAAUCAAUACUGUGUAGUAAAAAUAUCCCAGCGCAGGAUUUACGAAUGCUCUGUGAAAGGCUGAGAGGAAGCAAAACCAGCUUUGACAUCUCGACAGGUGAUGGGCAGAUCAACCUUUCUCAGGAACCUCCGUUACAAGCUGAAAUCUUCAACAUUUCAGAGCCUGCACUUCAGACAUCUAAAAAGCACCUACAGUAUCAGAAGCCAAAUUGUCAUGAACGUGAUGGCCUGGUUAUUAGAACUUCUGAAAAGCCAGCUGAUCUGGAAUGGGACAAAGUCCCUGAUGAGGCCUAUGAUCUUCUGGAUAAACUGCUAGACCUAAAUCCUGCUACAAGAAUAACUGCAAAGGAUGCCUUGCUUCAUCCUUUCUUCAAAAAUAUUAAGCAGUGAAAAGAUGCUCGGCUCUGUACCACCAGAAGCAUUGGAAGUCACAGUUUCCUUAUCUUUUAACGAAAUCAAAAUCCUUAGAGGGACAUUGUUUCCUCUAAAUUGCUUCAUAGCUACAUCCAACUUGAGGAAACAAAACAAACAAAAACCUUGUCAGCUAUUAAACAUACUGAAGUCCAAAUCAAAGGCAGACUGGAACAAAUGUUUCCCCAUGCUCUUACACCAUACAUUUCUAAAUGAUUUUAAUUUUGUCGUGUCGCUGAUGGUGCAAUCUGCAGAUGCACUGAACCUCCAUGAACCAGCUUGCAACCCACAGUGGUCCCAGUCUGGCCUUGGAACGAUACCUGCAUGGGCUUCCUUUGGGCUGCCUUGUUCUUGACUUCUAGGAGCACCGCUUCUUCUUAAUCAGCUCCUAAUACCUGUACAAAUGUGCCUUUACUACGGUAUGUGAAGGGUGCUAAUGUGAGACUGUGAUAGAGAAAAGAUUCCCGCUGUACUUCUAGCCUCGCAGACCGAUAAGUAUACUUGAAAACUUGUCCUAGUCAUCAAAACACUUUGGAGGAAGAAACAGACAAUUCUGAAGUUUUGAGAGCCCACAACAGUAGUUUCUAAGGGCUUCGGACUGCAGCUUUUGAAUGCAUGCAUUUUAGGUGGAACGAGAAGCAGCUGUAAACAUGGUUACUCUAGUGCAGGCAUUCCCAAACUGCGGCCCUCCAGAUGUUUUGGCCUACAACUCCCGUGAUCCCUAGCUAACAGGACCAGUGGUCAGGGAAGAUGGGAAUUGUAGUCCAAAACAUCUGGAGGGCUGAAGUUUGGGGAUGCCUGCUCUAGUGUGUCCUAGCCAACUUAAAAGACCCACGUUUCCCUUCUUUCCAGGAGCUGGCAGGUGGGGAGUGAUGCCCCUGCAGAUGCGGCCUCCCAGCCUCAGCCUUUCUGUCGCUUACUGGAACAUUUCGGGCAGAAUGGUGGUCAGGACAGGGCAGUGCCAGCACCCCGGUGGAGCCAACCUGCCACUCCUGCUGGUGCAGCCAUGCCACUCUGUGCUUGCUGCUCCCUUGCCUCACCCACAUCAGCAUUACUGAUGCCAGCUGGCCAGAUCCGCAGUGUUGCCCCUCCCUGCCAGCCGUUCCUGUUCCCUAUCCAUGUCACUAUCAAGACUGAACAAUUUUCAUAUAAUUAAAUGGCCAUUCAGCCUAAUAAGGCUUAGUGCUUGCCGUAAAGAUUUGCCCACCCCGCCCCCCGAAUUUUUGGAGUUUAAGGAAAAUAUGGAUUGUGUUCUUGUACUCUUUGAAAACUUCCACCUUUCCUCCCUGCUCUGCUAGCAUUUGAGAUGGGUACCAGUUGCUCCGCACUGUGUGCCAUAAUAUCUACAUAUGCAAGACCUGUGUAUUUGUCUGCUUGUCAAGCACUAGCUUACGUUAUUUUGUAUAUGUACGAUUGUCGGAACAAUUUGAUUUUCCUAGAAUGACCAAAAGUAAACUUAUUCCUUCAGUAGCACCUUAAAGACCAACUAAGUUUUUAUUUUGGUGUGAGCUUUUGUGAGCUUCAGGUAUCUGAAGAAGUGUGCAUGCACAUGAAAGCUCAUACCAAAAGUUGGUCUUUAAGGUGCUACUGAAGGAAUUUUUUUAUUUUGCUUCGACUCAGACCAACACGGCUACCUACCUGUAACCAAAAGUAAACUUAUAUUUCAUACACUAAAAAAAAGAAAAAAAAGAUAUUGUAUCGUAUAACUACAUGAGUAUAUAAAUCUUAGAUUUGUAAAUAAUUUCAUUAUAUAUAAGUCAAGAUCUAUAUCAGUCUAAGAAUAUCUGAAGAAGUGUGCAUGCACACGAAAGCUCAUACCUAUGACAAACUUAGUUGGUCUCUAAGGUGCUACUGGAAUGAUUUUUUUUAAAGAAUAAUCAUUGUAAGAUUGCUUAUUUUUUAUGUAUGCCUUUUUCUGUUUGUUUGCUUUUAUGUAUGUUUUUGCUAAUGAAAAAACAAAUUAAAAAAAAGAC